CUGGAGAUGUCGCUGUGUGUUAAAGCAAUGGGAAGAUUUACUGCCGAGGAAACAACACAUACGAGAACAUAAUCGGGAUUUAUAACUCAAACCAUUAAAGUUGUAUUGUCUCCAGAAGUAAUCUGACGCGUGUCGCUGCUGAAGAGAAAUGUCUCUAGUCAAGCAGAAUCUCCACCCGAAUAAUGAGGCAAAUGUCAAUAAACUGAUCAACCUCAAACUGAUGGCUUCAUAUGUUUAUCUCUCCCUGGGAAUGUAUUUUGACCGAGAUGAUGUGGCUCUGCCCAACUUCUCAAAGUUUUUCUUAAAGCGUUCACUGAAGGAGAGGGAUCAGGCGGAGCACCUGCUGGAGUAUCAAAAUACAAGAGGAGGACGAAUCGUUCUCCAGACCAUCGCGAAGCCCAGUCGUGAUGAUUGGAAAGGAGGUAUGGAUGCUAUCACUUUUUCUCUGGACCAUCAGAAAUCUCUUAACCGAACCCUUUUGGAGAUCCAUAAAGCAGCUGGAGAACACUCUGACCCUCAUCUGUGCGAUUUCCUAGAGAGCAGCUUCUUUACUGACAGUCAUGACACCAUUAAGACGCUGGGUGACUACGCUAGCAACCUGAGUCGCCUCAUCUCUUCUGACCCGCACGGCAGAAUGGGAGAGUACCUGUUUGACAAGCACACUCUCUGAUGCGCUCGGGUCUGAGUUUUGUUGCCAACAUUCCGUUAACAAUAUGUGCAUUAGUGAAGGAGUUUUGCACAACCGUUCUGUUUCAUCGUUUUCACGAACCACAAUUUGAAGUACAUUUUAAUCUGUUUAAAAUUUGGAAUAUACUAUAAAAUGUGCUAUUCCAAACAUAGUACCUCGAGUUCAAGCCUGAACUACCCCAUGUCUGUUUCCACAGUUGUAUAGGUGCUAGUGAAAAGCCAUAUCUUACCAAAGACCAGCCUAUGGGCUCCUGUAGGUUCUUCAGGAGAGGUUUAGUACAAUGUACCUGUGAAAAUGAGUGUUUCUAUGUAUGUAUUGUACUCCAGAAACUUCAGUUGCUGUGAAUUCUUAUACCACAAACAUGGUGCUUAAUGUCAAUAUAGCAAUAAAUCGAGCAUUGCAAAAAAA